AUGGUCGCACUGACAUCUACUGUGCUUUCUAAAUCCAUAUCUACUUUAAACCAUGCUCCUAUUUCAAGAGCAGUAUUGCUAUUACAGUGUCAAAACUCAUCAACUCAAAUCAAGCCAGAGAAUAGGUAUAAUGGAUUCAAUGUCUUCUCUCGCAUUUAUAAAGAGCAAGGCUUAUUAUCUUUCUGGAGAGGGAAUUUGCCUGCUUGACUAAAAACUAUCCCAGUUUUUGUUCUCCAUAGAUGGUUUAGUGUUCCACUCAAAAAUCUUUUUGGACUCAAAGAUCCUAACAAAGCUGGAAUGAAGAAGUUUUUAGCUAACUUAACUGCAGGAGGAUUGGCUGGAACGAUUUCGUUAAUGAUCAGCUAUCCUAUCGAAUUUUGUAGAGUCAGAAUGGCAAUGGAUGUUGGAGCAACACCUAAAGAAAGAAUGUUCAAUAGCUACAGUCAUAUAUGGUCUAAAAUUUCAAAUAGCGAAGGAUUAAAAGGAUUCUAUAAAGGAUUGCCAGUCUCUAUCAUUGGAAUCUUUGCUUAUAGAGGUCUAUACUUUGGAUUAUUUGAUACAUUUAAGACCUUAGUAUCCCAAAAUUUUUUCAUGAUGUGGCUCUUUGCUCAAGGUACUACAAUGUCUGCAAUGAUCUUGACUUAUCCACUAAACACAGUUAAAGGGAGAAUGAUGAUGCAGUCUGGGAGGAAGAAUCCUCAAUACAAGAACUCAUUUGACAGCAUUAAGACUAUUGCAAGGAAAGAAGGAAUCAGAGGAUUUUAUGGAGGGCUUGGAGUUUCUCUAAUUACUUCCACUGGAGCCACUAUUGCUUUGAUGAUCUACAGUAGUUUCGAUAAGAAAUAG